CAGAGGGAUGCGGGGUGUGAGGUGUGAGGUGAACUUAGAGUGGUGAAGGACAAGAUAGCGGGGUGUGGGGUGUGAGGUGUGAGGUUAUGAGUUUUUUAUUUUUCAUGCUCAGUGUGUAUUUAGGGAUAAUUUGAGAAGAUAGUGGGGUUUUCUUAGAAAUUGAGAAAAUUUGAAUUAGAAGUUGUGGUGCACUAAAAAUAUGGAGUGAACAAAGAGAAGUGCGGGAUUUAAAUAGAAACACUCUUAAUAUUAUCCGACAGAAAUUAAUCAGUACAGUCCAACGUACCAAACGAACCUUAAAUUCUUCUAAACUGCUAACAGAAAUGUUCAUAGAAAAAUAAAAUAAAAUUUAUCAGCAUAAAUAUUUCCUAGUGAAUAGUCCCUAUCCAAAACAUACAAAAAUUACUCCCUUAUUUGAGCUGACAUUUUCUCGGAAAGAAUAUUCGCGCGGCCAUUAACUUAUUGAUCAAACAACAAAUAAAUAAAAAUAUAAAAAAAAUAUAAAACAAAACAAACAAAAUAAAGAGGCAAAUAAAUCUAAAACCCUGCCAAAACCCUUGUUUUCGCUCAGAAGAAUUCUGAAGCUUCGGUCCUCCACAAUUCCAUUGGCACCAUGUGGAAGCAGCCCUUGGACGUUGUUAAGGCCAAUGUGUCCUCCAACCCAAGGACCUGGAUCGUCAUCGGUCUUAGCGUCGCCGGGAUCGUGAUCGUGGCCGAGACUCAACGGCGAAGACGACGAAGCAGAGCCCAAAUCAUGCUCAGAGAACCAUUUCUGGAGCCUCGCUUCGACCUUCUUCCCUUUCCUCAGCCCCCUCCUCCCGCCGCCAGACAACCCCUUGCUUCCCUCACCUUCGCCAUCAGCGACAUAUUUGAUGUGAAAGGGUAUGUGACGGGGUUUGGGAGCCCGGAUUGGGCGGGAACGCAUGAAGCGGCUACGAAGACGGCGUUGGUGGUGACGGCCCUCUUGAAGAAUGGGGCUACUUGCGUUGGAAAAACAGUCAUGGACGAACUCAACUUUGGGAUUACUGGUGAGAAUGUGCAUUAUGGAACGCCUGUGAAUCCGCAAUUACAGUCGCAUAUCCCGGGAGGUUCUUCCAGUGGUUCUGCUGUGGCUGUUGCGGCUGGUCUCGUUGACUUUGCUCUUGGUAUUGAUACGACUGGAUGUGUGAGAAUUCCAGCAUCAUUUUGUGGCGUCAUUGGGUUCCGACCGUCACAUGGGGCUGUAUCUAUGAUUGGAGUCUCGCCAAAUUCACAGAGUUUAGACACUGUUGGAAUUUUUACCAGAGAUCCAUCUAUUCUGCACCAUGUUGGACAUGUUUUGCUUCAACUAAAGUCAGUGGAAACUAAAAGGCCAAGGCGCCUUAUUUUUGCUGAUGACCUCUUUCAGCUUUCUAAAGUUCCUACAGAGAAGACAGUACAGGUUGUCACCAAAGCAAUUGAACAUCUAUCUGGGUACCAACCUCCGAAGCAUAUGAAUUUUAGUCAGUAUGUUGCUUCAAAUGUACCCGGUUUAAAAGGAUUUCGUGAAGAAUCCGUAAAACAUCAAAAUGAAAUAUUUACUUUGAAAGCUCUCUCUUCUGUGAUGCUUUUGUUACAAAGAUGUGAAUUCAAAACCAAUCAUGAAGAAUGGGUUAAAUCAGCGAAACCAAGGCUAGGACCUGAUGCAUCAGAUCAUGUUCGUGCAGCAAUUGACUCUACACAUGAAAACAUGAAAACCCUAUAUAAAGUAAGGACUGAGAUGAGAGCUGCUCUUCAAAGUCUCUUAAAGGAUGAUGGAAUAUUAGUGAUUCCCACAGUUGCAGAUCCUCCAUUAAAGCUAAAUACAAAGAAAAGACAGUCAUCUGAGUUCAACGAUAGAACAUUAGCAUUAUCAAGCAUUGCCAGCAUGUCUGGGUGCUGUCAGGUUACAAUUCCAGUAGGAAAGCACAAAGAAAGUCCCAUCUCUAUUUCAUUCAUCGCAUUCCAUAGUGUUGAUAAAUUUCUCCUCGAUACAGUCUUGGAUAUGUACUCUUCAAUUCAGGAGAAAGUCAGCAUUGCAUCCCAUUCAUCGCCAUUGCCAGAUACCAAUGAUAACCUGGAUGUUUCAGAACUCUUAAAAGAGAAGGGAAAUGCUGCAUUUAAGGGAAAGCAAUGGAAUAAGGCUGUCAAGUACUAUACUGAAGCUAUAAAAUUAAACAUGACGAGCGCAACUUAUUAUUGCAACCGGGCAGCUGCUUACUUGGAAUUAGGGUGCUUCCAGCAAGCUGAAGAGGAUUGCAGUAAGGCAAUAUCACUUGACAAAAAGAAUGUGAAGGCAUAUAUGAGACGUGGAACAGCCAGAGAAUCACUUCUUUGUUAUAAGGAUGCUGCUCAAGAUUUCAAGCAUGCCCUUGUUCUUGAACCUCAAAAUAAGGUUGCCAAUCUUGCUGAAAAAAGACUAAGGGAACUGAUGAGCUGAUUCCCUGCAAACAACAAUUAUACGGUGUAAUACUCGUAUCAAAGAAAAUUGAGAGAAAGAGGCUGAUGUUUUGUUUAGCGGCUGCAACAAGUUUUUUGGUCAGUCUUAUGUGCAUAUUUAGUUUCUCUUGUAAUUAAUCAUGCUUUGGACUACCGUUGAGAGGCCUCUCUAUAUAAGUGAUGGAUGCUUGCUUAUAUGAUCUCUUUUUGAGAAAUUGAGAGCUGCCGUACUUUAUUUGUCCCACACGCAAAACAUUAUAAAAGGAAAAAGAAAUAGAUUUCCAUCUUUUAAUUUUGUGAAA